AUGACAUCCACGAGUGAGACUCCCGGGGCUUCUCCGAGCAAGGAGCUCAACGGCCGAAAGCCCCGGACCCUGUUCGACAAAACAAGGGAAAUUAUUUAUGAGGAUGAACAGACUGAGCGGCGGAGCUCAGAUAACUGGAUAUCGCCAGAACGCGACAUUGAUCAGGACCUCUCAUGCAAGAAGAAACUCGAUCUACAAUGUGUCAAGGCUGGUGCUGAUGACACGAAACAAAGCGAAGUGGGAGACAAGUUAGCCCUUCCAAAACAGCAACCUGGCCACAGUGAAGGCCUUGGCAUCCUCGUCCAAAUCUCGCCGGAUGAUACGACAGAAUCCGGUCGGGCGACUUUCUUCGAAGGCUCCAAAAUGAAAGCUGCUUUGGCCGGACUCGCUGCAGAAGCGCCACUUCAAGUUGACGAUGACAAGGAUCCGAUUCCGAAGUUGCCAUCUGAUAAAAUACAAGAGCUCAUAAGCUUUCCGGAUUCUAUUCCGUAUCGGGCAGCAAGUUCAGAGGCUGAUGCCGUACCAAAAAUCAAUACGGAGAAUCACCAUGGGAAUAGAACCAUUCGUCCUGAGACAAGAGAGUCAAUACUACAGUCUCUUAGUGAAGCCUCAAUCCUCGAUGAUAACUUCAAAGCCAGGACGGCAAAGAGCUCCCCGUUGGAAGCACCAUCGCUAUCUGCCAACUUGGCGCUGCCCAAGACUACCGCAAAUGGCUACGUCCGCAACCGCCCCCAUACUUCUAGAACGGUUUCAACUCCUGGUUUGUCACGGCCGCCUCCUCCGCAAGCGCAAAACGAAAGAGUAACGCAGACAUGGGCAUCACGGUCUCGACAAGAGAGGACCUCACUCGAUAGAGAUACCAAUGGUCAUCUGGCGGCAUCGCCUCAUCUCGUAGAGUCCCCUGCGCCUCCUCUAGCGCCUGCUUCAAUCCCUAUUCCUCCCGCUUCCCUACCUACCUACCUUCAACUGGAACUUGCAUCUGGACGGCCAUCUCCUCUGUACAUCUAUCGGCCUUCAUCCAAUGACUUUCCAUAUGAAUCUUCCAGCGCGAAGAUUGAACGAUUGAUAAAUUUUCUGAUAUUGCCUGGAGCCUUGGAACAGGCCUUGUGCUUUGGUUCUCUUGCAUGUCUUGACUCAUGGCUCUAUUCUUUUACAAUCCUUCCUCUGCGCUUUAUCAAGGCUGUCUAUAUCCUGUGCGAGUCAUGGGUGAAGAACCUCAACGCUGAAUUUUGGUCCAUCUUCAACUUUGUGGUCAGCGGAGUUGGCCGAGUUUGGAAGAGAAGGAAUCAGCAAGGGGAAAGACAUGAAAGCGAGUCUGACGCAGUUUCUCGCCUGCAGAGUGAGUCAACCACAGAUCAUGAGGUGGCAGCAUCUAUCGAUCACGACUCGCGACAUCGUGACUCUGAGCUCUCUAAGCGAAGACAUCGUACUUCGCAAUCUCGCCGACGCCAUCGGCGAAAGAAGUCUAUUCCUUCGACUCUCCUCCCAGACGACAAAGCAGAUAUUCUCACUGGGUUGCUCAUGAUAGCGACUUGUUGGGCGUUGAUGUACUUUGACGCGAGUCGCAUGUAUCACUGGAUUCGGGGACAAGCAGCCAUCAAGCUUUAUGUGAUUUACAAUGUGCUAGAAGUCCUCGACCGCUUGUUGGCUGCAAUUGGGCAAGAUGUGCUUGAGUGUCUGUUCUCACGGGAGGCGCUCGAGCGUCGUCCCGAUGGACGCAGCAAGAUUUUGCGCCCGUUCGGGCUUUUCUUAGCGGCUCUUGUUUACACCGUUGCCCAUGCGACGUCACUCUUCUCCCAGGUCAUGACUUUGAAUGUGGCGGUCAACUCGUACUCGAAUGCCCUGAUGACCCUUCUUUUAUCCAACCAAUUCGUCGAGAUCAAAUCGACCGUGUUCCGAAAGUUUGAGAAGGAGAAUCUGUUCCAGUUGACCUGUGCCGAUGUUGUCGAGCGAUUCCAACUCUGGCUUAUGCUCACCAUCAUUGCUUCACGCAAUAUAGUGGAGACGGGCGCUUUCAACUUUAUCGGGGACCUUGGCUUGGGUUCUGGGUUUUCCGGGCAGGCCUCGCCCAGCACGAACAGCACUCCCCUAUCGACUCCUCCCAGAAGCGCGUCGUCGAUCCUGCCCCAGUCUUUCACAUUCUUCCCCUCGUCGAUUCUUGCAUCGGUCAGCAGUGUGAAUUCUUUCUUGCCAACGUUGGGCCAGGUGCUGGGACCAUUCUUGGUGGUACUCGGAUCCGAAAUGCUAGUUGACUGGCUUAAACAUGCCUACAUCAACAAGUUCAACAACUACCGUCCUGCCCUGUACGGCCGGUAUCUGGACGUGCUCGCUAAGGAUUACUACACCCAUGCUUUCGGUGAUCAGAACCUGACCCGCCGAUUGGGUCUUCCUGUCAUUCCGCUGUCGUGCCUCUUUAUCCGUGUGUCAGUGCAGACGUACCAGAUGUUCCUCGCCUCGAUGCGUCCGCACAAUCCGUCUUCAACUGCACUCACCUCGACAUCCUUGGCAACGAUACACCGAAAUUAUACCCCUGCACCACUCCCGUCCAUGGUCCCUUUGACUCUGCGAAAUGUCAUCCCAGUAUCAGUCGCUCAUGUCACUUCAUUUUUCAAUACGCUGGUCGACAACGCCAUGCCCUCCCCUGCUCAAUCCGUGCAGAUCUUUACCAUCAUACUUCUCCUCACGACAUACAUUGUCCUUUUGAUUCUCAAACUCCUCCUAGGAAUGGGGCUGCUCGCCUUUGCGCGCUCCCGCUACAAGCGGAUGAAGAAUUCGGAAAACGAGUCUCGAAAGAUCUCUUCUUCGGAAAUGCCGGCUCACGAUCCACCCGUUCGAAAGGACGGGUUCAAUGUGGAAGGCAGCCGGCGUGCUGGAGGGUGGGGCAUGGUCGAGCUUGGCGAUGAGAAGCGUCGGUGGAUAUAUGGCGACGACCCUGAUGGUCUGCGGCGUGUGAAAGAGAAGGAGGACCGGGAUAAAAAUAAGGACAAGGAUUUGAAGAUAGAUCACGUACAUCGAUAUGAGAUGGUGGCGAAGAAGAUCUGGUGA